AUGGCACGAUCGAUCUUUACAGCCUGGCUCGUAGCAGCUGUGGCCGCCCCAAUUGCCACCGCUGGUUCCAAUUCUGUCCAACUUCAAGUUUAUGACUAUGUGGUAGUGGGAGGAGGCACAGCUGGCUCAGCACUGGCGACUAGGCUAAGCCAAGGCCUGCCAGAUAGAACCAUCCUAUUGAUCGAGGCCGGCCCUGAAGCGUUGGACGAAGAUCGCAUAAAUAUUCCCGGCAUGAAGGGGUCGACACUCGGCACUUUGUAUGAUUGGAACUUUACUACUGUGCCGCAAAUUGGGCUCAAUGGUCGAGUUCUCGGAGCCAAUAGAGGCAAAGUGCUUGGUGGAAGCUCAGCAUUGAACUUGAUGACAUGGGAUCGAUCCGCCUCUGAGGAAUACGACGGCUGGGAGCAACUGGGUAAUCCCUCUUGGAACUGGAAGAACAUGAUCGCCGCAAUGAAGGAAGUGGAGACAUUCACAGGUAUCAAUUCAUCCGACUAUGGCGACCAAGGAGUUGGCACCAGUGGACCAAUCCAUACCAUAAUAAAUAGGGUUAUACCCGCACAGCAGGAGCUAUGGUUGCAAUCUAUGGCUGGUUUGGGGAUCCCGCAUAACUUAAAUUCCUUGGGUGGCAAUCCUAUCGGAUAUAUGAACCAGCCUAGCAACAUCGACUCGCGAACAUGGACGAGGUCCUACGCCGCUAACUCUUAUAUCCCAGAAUCAGGGAGCAACUUACAUCUGCUACUAGAGACACGCGUAGCCAAAGUGAAUUUACGGAAGGGUCGAAAUUCACACACUGCGACCGGUGUUACGCUGCAAGACGGCACUAUUAUCGGCGCUAGAAGGGAGGUUAUUCUAUCCUGCGGCGCUAUCCAAAGCCCUGGCCUGCUAGAACUGUCCGGCAUAGGUAGCAAGGCGGUGCUAUCUAGGGCUGGUAUAGAUCAGAUUAUUAAUCUUGAGGGUGUAGGAGAGAAUUUGCAAGACCACGUUCGGUACCAAGCAUCAUACCAAUUGAAGGACAAUUUUACCUCAUUUGAUAUACUCAAGUACAACACCACAUAUGCGGCCACACAGCUGGCAUUAUGGCAUGCAAACCAGACUUCUUUAUAUGAUUAUACUGGUAGUGGGUACAGCUAUCUGGACUGGUACCAGGUGGUAGGCAAUAUGGCUACGAAGCUCAAUUCUCUGGCCCAAGACGUGGUACUUUCUCUUGGGUCGGUUGUCGAUAAGAAAAAGCUACAGUAUAUUGGAUCACCUUUAUCACCCCAAGUGGAAGUUAUUUUUUCAGAUGGCUACACUGGAGUCAAAGGAUACCCCACUGUCGGUUCACCUCUGUACGGAAAGGGCUUCUUCACGCUUAUUGGCGUCGUGAUGCAUCCUCUCAGCCGCGGCACCAUUCAUAUAACUUCUGCUGAUGUCGAUACGAAACCGCAAAUUGACCCACAAUACCUUUCUAACGAGUACGAUGUACAAGCCGCUAUCGAGGCUAUUAAGUACUGCCGCAAGAUUGCAAACUCGUCGCCUCUCUCUUCAGCAUGGGUAUCUGAGUUUGAACCGGGGAUGGCUGUGCAGACGGAUGAGGACUGGCGUCAGUACGUUCUCAACACUACACUUUCUAUAUAUCAUCCUGUAGGAACAUGCGCAAUGCUCCCCAAGAAAGAUGGUGGAGUGGUAAACCCACAGCUGAUCGUUUACGGCACCAACAAUCUGCGUAUUGUGGACGCAAGCAUCAUACCUGUUCUUCCGUCUGCACAUAUUCAAACGGCAGUAUACGGCAUCGCCGAGCGUGCGGCUCGAUUUAUUAUUCAUAAAUCAUAG